UCUCCUUUAGAGCACAGUAGUGAUCAUGCUUUACACAUCUACCCUCCCCAAUGGCAUUGACAUUGGCACUGUGGUGAAAAUUUGUGGAUCUGUUCCAUGCUGCUCAGACAGGUUUGAAAUAGGCCUGACCUGCAGCGAAUGGCGUGAUGCUGAUUAUGCCCUGCACCUCUGUGCCUGCUUUCAGAAGUGCCAGGUGGUCUUCAACACCAGGGAAGAUGGUGUUUGGGAUGUAGAGGAAUGUGGGAGUGGUUUUCCCUUCCACCGUGGGCAGGCCUUCGAGAUAAUGAUAAUCACUGACCAAGAAGGCUUCAAGGUGUGUGUCUGCCCCAGGGCUCAGUUCCAAACUCAGCUUCGCUGCUGUGCACCCAGGGGCUUGAAUUUAGGUUCUUCAGCAUUAUAA